AUGGAUCUGGGAUAUCCCAAAGCCAACAGUGAACGGACAACAUCCAAAGCCUACUUCACCUCAAUUCCAACGAUGAAAUUCUCUACCGUGCUUGUCGUGCUCGGCGUUGCCUCUGGAGCGGUUGCAGUCAGAUGCAACCAGGGCCUUACCUACUGCGGAUCAUCGCUGCUCAAGAAAGGAAACUACCGCGCGGACAUUGUUGCGUGUCUGGAAAGGGAGGGCCAACCAACGACCACUGACUACAUUCUUUACUCGCGCUUUCUUUGCACUGCCGAUGAGGACUUUCUCAUCUGGGUGGACAAGUGUCCUACUGGAGGGUGCAUGGACAAUGGCAGUGGAAGAGAUGACACCUGCGCUUGA